AUCAGCAGCGAUCGGCAGGAUCGGCAGAGACCAUCAGUGAUCAGCAGAUAUCGGCAGAGACCAUCAGUGAUCAGCAGAUAUCGGCAGAGAUCAGCAGCGAUCAGUAGCGAUCGGCAGCGAUCAGUAGCGAUCAGGAACGAUCGGCAGAGACCAUCAGUGAUCAGCAGAUAUCGGCAGCGAUCAGCAGCGAUCAGUAGCGAUCGGCAGCCCCGUUCCGGGGCCAUGGUGCCCUUGGGCAGCCCCACUCUCGCCGUGUGCGCCUCCAGCAACCUGCGCCUCAUGGCCCCGGGGCGCGGCUCGCCGCUGGCCUGGCUGAACCGGGGCCCCGAGUGCCCGGGGGGCAGCGGGGGCCGCAGGGCCAGCGCCGUGGAGCGCCUGGAGGCCGACAAGGCCAAGUACGUGAAGUCGCAGCAGGUGAUCAGCCGGCGGCAGGAGCCGGCCCUGCGCGGCUCCCCGCGCCUGUCCCCGCACGGGCGGCGCCGCCUGGCCCGGCAGCAGUGCGGGGAGCUGGGCCCGGAGCUGCCGUGCCCCCCGUCCCCCGUGUCCCGCCGCAGCGGCGGCCGCCGCCUGCUCAGGCCCGACUCGCUCAUCAUCUACCGCCAGAAACGGGACUGCCUGGGCGGCGACAAGGAGAACAACGCCAAGGGCUCGGGGCUGGUGCGGCGCCUCUUCCAGGGACCCCUGAGAGCCACCCCGCCCAGCUCGCCCCCCGCCCGGAGCCCCCAGACCCCCAUGCUGUGGGCGCCGGCCGAGAGGGAGGAGCGGACACCGGGCGGGGACAGCGGCGGGGACAGCGGCGGGAUCCCCCCCGUGCCCGUGCCCGUGCCCGCGGAGCAGCCGCCCGGUGCCCCCGGGAAGGAGCCGCUGGCUCUGCGCGUGUCGCUGCCGCUGUCGGAGCAGGAGCGCUUCUUCAACUACUGCGGGCUGGACCGGGCGCAGGUGGAGCUGCUGGGCCGGGAGCGCUUCGGGCCCGCGGGCUGGGACAGCGGCUCGGCCCGGGCCGGCUCCGGCGAGUCCGAACCCGGCCGGGCCUCGGGGGGCAGCGAGGGGGACGCGGGGCCGGGCGAGGAGGAGCCGGACACCCGGGCGGGCUCGGCCGUGUCGGUGGUGGAGCGCAACGCGCGGGUCAUCAAGUGGCUCUACGGCUGCCAGAGAGCCUGGGCGGCUGCCAGGGAAUCCACGGUGUGAGCGGGGACGGCUCGGCCGGGACCGGGACAACCGCGGGGCUCCCGCUGGCCAGACCGGGCCCCGAGAGCCCGCGGGAUGUGGCCGAGGGGCUGGGGGCACCCCUGGCCAUGGUGACACCCCUGGCCCCGGUGCAGUGGGGAUGCUGCGGGCUGGGAGAGCCGCCAGGUCCUCAGGCUGAGUGUGAUGGGGACGCCUGAGGGCAGGUGAGGAAGGGCCACCCCCGCUGCUGCCCCCCUGCUGUCCCCACCUUCUCCCUGUCCCCAGACCAGAGGGUGGCACGGGCCCGCAGCCCCCACUGAUACCCAAAUCCUGCUCUGGCUGGGGGUGGGCAGAGCCCGAGCCCCCUCCCGUGGGCAGCGCCCACCCCUCAGCCCCCUCCUCCUCCCCAGAACAGCGGCUGCUGGGGCCAGAGCUGCCCUCAAUAAAUCUGU